CCCGGCGGUGGGCUCGGGCUGCGGGGAGCCCCGGGCGCGGAGCCGUUCGCCGCCCGCUGAGCCCGGCCUGGAAGUGCCUCCGCUCCGUCUGGGCGCUCCUUCCGAGGGAUGAGCGGGACCCGGAGCCGGCCCCGGUGCGGCAGGCAGAGCUGCUCCCUGUGCUGCAUCGCUCGCCCUGCCUGUGUGUGAGCACGUCACAGCCAGCACAGAGAAGGGCCUCUUCUUGUCUUCAAGGCACUUGCUUCUACCUGCCUGCCUUUUUUUUUUUUUUUUUGUCCAAGAAAAGGAAAGAGAAAAAGAAAAAGCCAAACAGAAAACCGGAACACGCAGUCCACAAAGAACUUCUGCAGAUCCAAGGAGGAGCCCGUGGCAUCUCGGCCUCCUCGCUCCCCAGGAUCCUGGCUGUGGGCUGGGCUUCCUGUCCUCAAUUUCAGGAUCGGUACAGGGAAUCAGAGUCUUGGAUGCUUUUGAUUUUUAUUUUUACUUGAACCUUUCUGACCGAGAAGCUGAAGCUGUCACUGCUAAAACCCUGUUUUUUUUUCCCAAGCAUGUCAGAAAGCUGGCAGCAGCAACAGCAGCAACCGCAGCAGCCGCCGCCACCUCCGCAGCAGCACCACGCUGGGACCACCGCCCUCCCGGAACACUCCAUCCCACCCAGCACCGCCGAAAACCCCCUGGGCUGUGCCGUCUACGGCAUCCUGCUGCAGCCGGACCCGGGCCUGCAGCACCACCAGCACGCCCCGCUGCAGGCCGGGGAGCCGUCCCACAAAUGCGGGGUGUGCGGCCACGACCUCACUCACCUCUCCAACCCCCAUGAGCACCAGUGCUUGCCGGGCCAUGACCGCUCUUUCCAGUGUACGCAGUGUCUGAAGAUCUUCCACCAGGCCACCGACCUGCUGGAACACCAGUGCAUCCAGGUGGAGCAGAAGCCCUUCGUGUGCGGUGUGUGCAAGAUGGGCUUCUCCCUCCUAACCUCGCUGGCGCAACACCACAACGUCCACAACGGCAACGCCAUGAAGUGCUCCAUCUGCGAGAAGACCUACAAGCCGCCCGAGGCCGAGCACCCGCAGCCCCUCGAUCCCUCGGAGAAGCCCUACAGCUGCUCCAUCUGUCAGAAAACCUUCAAGCACCUCUCGGAGCUGUCCCGGCACGAGCGCAUCCACACGGGCGAGAAGCCGUACAAGUGCACGCUGUGCGACAAGAGCUUCAGCCAGUCGUCCCACCUGGUGCACCACAAACGGACGCACAGCUCGGAGCGGCCCUACAAGUGCACAGUGUGCGAGAAGACCUUCAAGCACCGCUCGCACCUGGUGCGCCACAUGUACGCGCACUCGGGGGAGCACCUCUUCAAGUGCAACGUCUGCGAGCUGCACUUCAAGGAGUCGUCCGAGCUGCUGCAGCACCCCUGCACGCCCAGCGGCGAGCGGCCCUUCCGCUGCGGGGAGUGCCAGAAGGCCUUCAAGCGGCCCUCGGACCUGCGGCAGCACGAGCGCACGCACAGCGAGGAGCGGCCCUUCAAGUGCGACCUGUGCCAGAUGAGCUUCAAGCAGCAGUACGCGCUCAUGCGCCACCGCCGCACGCACAAGGCCGAGGAGCCCUUCAAGUGCAACCUGUGCGAGAAGGGCUUCGUGCAGCCCUCGCACCUGGUGUACCACCAGCACGUGCACGGCAUAGAGAACCUCUUCAAGUGCAACGUGUGCCAGAAGGGCUUCAACCAGUCCUCGGAGCUGCUGCGGCACAAGUGCGUGCAGAACGCCGAGCGGCCCUUCAAGUGCGCGGUGUGCAACAAGUCCUACAAGCGGGCCUCGGCGCUGCAGAAGCACCAGCUGGCCCACUGCGCCGAGAAGCCCCUCAAGUGCACGCUCUGCGAGAGACGUUUCUUCUCCUCCUCCGAGUUCGUGCAGCACCGCUGCGACCCGGCCCGCGAGAAGCCCCUCAAGUGCCCCGACUGUGAAAAGCGCUUCAAGUACGCCUCGGACCUGCAGCGCCAUCGGCGCGUGCACACGGGCGAGAAGCCCUACAAGUGCCCCUCCUGCGAGAAGGCCUUCAAGCAGCGCGAGCACCUCAACAAGCACCACAGCGUGCACGCCCGCGAGCAGCAGUACAAGUGCAUGUGGUGCGGGGAGCGCUUCCUGGACUUGGGCCUGCUGCAGGAGCACAGCGUCCAGCACACGGCCGAGGGCGCCUACCAGGUGGCCGCCUGCUUGCCGUGAGCCUCCUGCUCCUGGUGGCUUUCAGCUUGCAUGUGAUGCCCCGAGCCUCGGCCUCCCCUUCCCUCUCCUCAGCUGGAGGCGGCCUCCAGGGAGUGCUGGGGGAAAGGGGAGGUCCGGCGGGUGGGUGGGGGGGGGAAGCCUUCCUCUGGCCUCCAUGGUUUGUACCCACUGUAGCACAGGGGUUGAAGGAUGGUGUGAAAAGCUCAGAGAGAGUGGAGAGGAGAGGAGGGAAGUGGUGAGAGGAAGCCAUGCCUGGAGCUGCCUGGUGUCCCCUGGACUGUGCUUCCCACCGUACCCAUGUAGCAGUGCUGGGAGCUGGCAGGGCUCUGCUCAGCCGCCCUCUGCAUGCAGCCCCUUUUCUCUGUCCCACCUGGUGACUCCUCUUGCAGAGAGUGCUUGGGAGCAAAGCGGAGCGCUCCCUCUGGGUGCGCUGCUCACUGGGGACGUGGCAGGUUUCCGUGCUGGGCUCUCCCAGUGUUGUUAAUCCAAACUCAAAUGAGUGACUCGAGGGGACCGUUUCAGAUCAUUAACAUUUAUCAACUGCCCCGACCUCCCCUGCUCUCCUUCUUUCUAGAGCAUAGAAAGGGAAAAGCCGUGGGAUUGCACACCUCCAAAAUACACUUUGGCGUUGCUGCUCUUGCAGUUGGUGGCUGUCACACUUGGGAAUAGUUUUGAGCAAGCCUGCCCAUCCCCAUCCCUGCUGGCAGUGAGGGAAGGGUACCGAGCACCACACGCUGCAGAGAGUGUGGUAAGGAGAGUCUCCACUCCUGGUUGUGAGCAUGGCAUUGACCAGCUGCCUCCGGAGGGACCUUGCUCUCCCGUGAAGACUUACCUCCAUUCCCAGGCUUCUUCCCUCCCUGCUCUGCUUAGGCCAUGAGCACACCUCCAGGGUCAGGCACAGGGACGUCCCCGCAGCUUGAACACUAAGGGGUGAGGUGAACACUACAAAGAACCUGCAGCCUCAGGAAUGGUCUCGGCCAUCUCCGGUGGUGACCCACGUGGUGCUCUGGGGUGUCUGAUUUGCUGGGGGGAACCAGUUCUGUCCAGAACAAGUUGGGAGGACCCUUCCUGCCCUGUGGGCUCAGCUCCAGAGAAAGGGGAAGGUUAGCAGUGGAUAAAGGAGGGGUUAUUUUUCCCCUCUUGCGGGAGUCCUGAUUUACCCCUUUACUCUUUCUUUACCUCUUCCGUUUUUUCAGGUUUUGCACAGUUCUUGUAAACGUCACUUAAAAAUAAAUCUCCCCUAGCAAGGUU